AUGUCACAAUCCGAGAUACAAGAGAAGAUCGCGGCUGCGAGAAGAGAAGCGGAUCAACUCAAGGAUAAGAUUAAAGCUGCUAAAGAUCAAACGGCGGAUACAAGUCUCCGAGCAAUGGCCAACGACACACCUCCCUUACCCCGAAUGUCCAUGAAACCCAGACGAACACUCAAAGGUCAUCUCGCCAAAGUCUACGCUCUUCAUUGGGCAGCGGACAAAAGACAUAUCGUCUCCGCUUCUCAAGACGGUAAACUCAUCGUUUGGGACGCAUACACCACCAACAAAGUCCAUGCCAUCCCACUCCGAUCAUCUUGGGUUAUGACUUGUGCUUAUGCGCCCAGUGGGAAUUUUGUCGCUUGUGGUGGUCUUGACAACAUAUGUUCCAUCUAUUCACUCCGAGGGUCUGGACCAGGUGGUCAGGCAGCUGCGACCGGACAAGUCAAAGUUGCUCGUGAAUUGAGCGCUCAUUCGGGAUAUUUGAGUUGCUGCAGAUUCAUCAACGACAGACAAAUAAUCACUGCUUCAGGGGAUAUGACUUGUAUGUUGUGGGAUGUUGAACAGGGUGUGAGGACGAUGGAGUUUAAUGAUCAUACGGGGGAUGUGAUGAGUUUGUCAUUAUCGCCGAACGCCAAUUUAUUCGUAUCAGGGGCUUGCGAUGCCACUGCCAAAGUGUGGGAUAUACGUACAGGUAAAGCUGUCCAAACGUUUACAGGUCAUGAGAGUGAUAUCAAUGCUGUUCAAUUCUUCCCAAAUGGUGACGCGUUCGCUACAGGUUCCGACGAUGCUUCUUGCAAACUCUUCGAUCUUCGAGCCGACCGUGAAUUGAACACAUACGCCCAUGAUAACAUUCUCUGCGGUAUCACCUCUGUGGCAUUCUCGAUCUCCGGACGUGUCCUUUUCGCAGGAUAUGACGAUUACAAUUGUAAUGUAUGGGAUACGCUCAAAGGGGAACGUAUCGGUGUUUUGGCAGGGCAUGAUAAUCGGAUUUCAUGUUUGGGUGUCAGUGGUGAUGGUAUUGCUCUUUGUACUGGAAGUUGGGAUAGUUUGCUCAAGGUUUGGUCGUGA